GCAUUGAAAAUGCAUUUAAAAGCAUGCAGGUUUUUCACAUCACAUCUGUUUUGCAGCGAGAGACAGCUGGUGAUGCCUCAGAGUCUGCUCUGUUGAAGUGUAUUGAGCUGUGCUGUGGUUCAGUCAGUGAAAUGAGAGAGAAGUACCCAAAAGUUGCUGAGAUCCCUUUCAACUCCACCAACAAGUAUCAGCUUUCAGUCCACAAGAAUCCCAAUCCCUCAGAGUCUAAGCACCUGCUGGUGAUGAAAGGAGCCCCUGAGAGAAUCUUGGAUCGAUGCUCCACUAUUUUAAUUCAAGGAAAAGAGCAGCCUUUGGACAAUGAAAUGAAAGAUGCUUUCCACAAUGCUUAUUUAGAGCUCGGAGGUCUUGGAGAAAGAGUGUUGGGUUUCUGCCACUUUAGCCUCCCCGAUGACCAGUUUCCUGAGGGUUUUGCAUUUGAUACUGAAGAAAUGAACUUUCCAACUGAGAACUUGUGUUUUGUUGGCCUCAUGUCCAUGAUCGAUCCUCCUCGUGCAGCUGUACCGGAUGCUGUGGCCAAAUGCCGGAGUGCUGGAAUCAAGGUUAUCAUGGUUACUGGUGACCAUCCAAUUACAGCAAAGGCUAUUGCAAAAGGUGUUGGCAUCAUUUCUGAAGGCAAUGAGACUGUUGAAGACAUUGCUGCUCGUUUGAGAAUCCCUAUUGAAGAGGUUAAUCCAAGAGAUGCGAAGGCCUGUGUGGUCCAUGGUGGAGAUCUGAAGAAUAUGACGCCAGAACAGCUGGAUGAGGUCCUGCAACACCAUACAGAAAUUGUGUUCGCCAGAACUUCCCCACAACAAAAGCUGAUCAUCGUGGAAGGUUGUCAGCGACAGGGUGCCAUUGUAGCUGUAACCGGUGAUGGCGUCAAUGAUUCUCCUGCUCUGAAGAAGGCUGACAUUGGUGUGGCUAUGGGUAUCGCUGGAUCUGACGUAUCCAAACAGGCUGCUGACAUGAUCCUUCUAGAUGACAACUUUGCCUCAAUUGUCACUGGAGUAGAAGAAGGCCGUCUGAUCUUUGACAACUUGAAGAAGUCCAUCGCCUACACGCUGACUAGCAAGAUCCCUGAGAUGUCACCCUUCCUCUUUUUUGUCCUUGUUGGCAUUCCUCUACCUUUGGGCACCGUCACCAUUCUCUGCAUUGACCUGGGCACUGACAUGGUUCCUGCCAUCUCACUGGCCUAUGAAACUCCUGAAAGCGAUAUCAUGAAGAGACAACCCAGAAAUGCUGAAACAGAUAGGCUGGUGAAUGAGAGGCUCAUCAGUAUGAGCUACGGUCAAAUUGGCAUGAUGCAAGCUGUCGGCGGGUUCUUUACCUACUUCGUAAUUCUGGCUGAGAAUGGAUUCUUGCCUCGGGAUCUGGUAGGAAUUCGAAUUGGUUGGGAAGACAGAUAUGUCAGUGACCUGGAAGACAGCUAUGGCCAGCAAUGGACCUAUGAGCGCAGAAAGAUUGUGGAGUUUACAUGCCACACAGCCUUCUUCACCAGUAUUGUGAUUGUGCAAUGGACUGACUUGCUCAUCUGCAAGACCAGGAGGCUUUCCAUCUUUCAGCAGGGAAUGAAGAAUAGAGUCCUCACCUUUGGUCUGUGUUUUGAAACUGCUCUGGCAGCAUUCUUAUCCUACUGCCCAGGCAUGGAUGUUGCUGUCCGAAUGUAUCCCAUGAAACCACUGUGGUGGUUCUGUGCUAUGCCAUAUUCGCUGCUCAUUUUCAUCUAUGAUGAAGUUAGAAAAUACAUUCUUAGGCAGAACCCAGGAGGUUGGGUGGAACUAGAAACAUACUACUAAAAUGACAGAUUUCUAUUGGGGAUGUGCAUAGAGACAUUCAUUUUGAUGUUUUCAAAAUGAUACAAUGUCUAUUUAAGUCAAUAAAUAUGUUAGACUAAAUGA